GUCCUGAUGUGUGUAUACUUUUUUCAAACGUAGUAUAAUCGAUAAAUUAUGGAUAGUUUCCAAUUGUGUGCAAUAUUUUAAAAUAAACUGUAAGAAAAGGCAUAUUAUUACAUUUUAAAAGCGGAACUUCUUUCGGUUGUGCUAAUUUUAUUGAAGUUACUUAACUCAUUGAUUCCCCAUACAUAUCUAAUAUUUUAAGUUCAAAUCAUUUUAUCUCGUUUAAAUUUAAUGAAUUAAAACAAUCUUUUGUUACCUUUUACAAUUGGUAUCGAACUCAUUGUUCAAAAAUAAAGACUGUCUGACUUAAAGAUAGUACAAGUUUUAUCUUUUUUGCAAAGAAAAAGAUAGUGCAAGUAUUAUCUUAUUUUAUGAUUUUUAUCUUAACUUGCAAAAGCAUUAACAGAAGUCCAUAACUGAGUAGAAAGUUCCCUCAGUCUUAGUUUCAUUUUAGUUUAUUCUAUUUUUUUUCCAAAAAAUAAUUUAAAAGUAUGGCUUCAGAGCUUUCAACUUCUUUUCCAUUUUUUCCCACUCUUGAAUCCUAUGUGAAACGUGGAGCACGUAAAUUCACAAUUUAUUGGAGAAUCGAAAAUUUUAACCGAGAACCGUGUAACAAUUUUUGUAUUUUUAGUGAAACAUUUUUAAAUAAAAGCAUGAAAUCGGUAUGGCAAAUCAAAUUAGAUGUGGCAACAGGGCAGCUAUGUGCCUACCUAUUAAAAAAAACUAUUAAUCGCAAACGAUUCAACGAUUUUUAUUCAAUUUCUUUAUUGACGCGUUCUGGAUGGAUUAGCAUAUGUGAAAACCUUACGUUCAAAGUUGACGGAGAUGAUAAUGGUAAUAAAAUUAUAGAUUUGAAAAAGCUUAAAGAAGAUGAACGGAUUUAUGUACCAGAUGGCUCUCUCACUGUAAGUUUUCAGAUCUGGAACUACAGCACAGUGGAGAGUUUUCAGUCUGUUAUGGUUUCCAGAUUGAGGAAUGAAACAGAUUUGUGCCAUAGACCCCAUCACACGUUUUCAACUCUAAAACCAAAUGGUUUAUUUCCUUUUCCAUUUUGCUUUGAACGACGCGACAAAGCAAUGGCAAGUUUGAACAAUCAAAACAUAAAAGAAAUAAAAGCUCAACAUACGCAAAGUGAUACAAACAUUAAUGUAAAAGAUGCGGAUGAUUUGCGUAAACUUUUUACAGAGAAGGAAUUUAGCUUCGUAACUCUCCGAACGCCAACCAAGGAGUUCUUUGUGCAUAAAGCCGUCCUGUGUGCAAAGUCACCCGUGUUUAAUGCAAUGUUCGAAAGAAGAAUGAAAGAAACUAACUCGAACGUAGUGGAUAUUGACGAUAUCGACAGCCAAAUUAUGUCCUUGUUUAUUAAAUAUUUGCAUUAUGAACCCCUAGGAGAUCUUAAAUGGAGCGAUGCUGUUUCGCUAUACAGUGUCGCUGCUAGGUAUCAGAUAGAUUCAUUAAGAAAGGAAAGCGCUUCACUGCUGAAUAGAGAAUUGUCUGACGAAAACAUCUGUGAUCUUCUUGUGUUGGCUGAUCUGCAUCAAGAUGACGAUCUUAUGAAUUACGCUCAAGAGUACUUCUGCAUGCAUUCCAAAGCCAUUCUGACUUCAACACAAUGGAGGGUUAUUCUUGAUCACACUGAACUGGUUGCAAAAGUUUUGAGCAAAUUGGCCAAGAGUCGGCUCUAAAAUCUCUCAAGUAUAACUGGAUGCUUGGGAUGACAAGGGAUUAUUGAGAAAUGCCUACAAGCAAAAAUGAAAUCUUUAAAGCCAUGAAUUUUGUGAACUAUAUUGAAAAUAUCUUAAAUGGUUUUGAUUUCCAAGUUUGAGAAAGCUAUAUGUAUUCUAGAGAAAAUAUGUGUUUAUUCAAUUCUUUUCCCUCUCUGUCUUUAUUAUCGAAUAAUAAUAUUCUAUUUAAUUCUGAA